CAGGCGUCAUGGGCGUCCCGCCUACAGCCGCGGGCUUGGCGAUUCUCGGCGGUCGGGGACCUGGUGAGGACCUGUGUUGAGUCCUUGGAGCAGUGACUGCCAUCUGGUGGCAAGCCAGAAUCAUCAGUUUGUGUAACCUGUUACUAAGAUGCCUACUCCUGGCUCACAUGGUAUGGACUGACAACAGGGGAGCAGGACAGCCUGGAGGGUGGCUGAUGAAGGAGCUCAGUGAAAUAACCCUUCACUUCCAUCUGCAUGGGUUGUUCAUCCCAGAUUCUGAGCCAAGAGCCAUGGUGCCUCUGAAGAAAAGAUUUGAGUUGCUCUUGUGUUUCAGUCAAAGAUCUGCUGGUUAACUACCAGCGGGUAACCGAUACUGAAAAAGCACUCACCAAGAGGGGCAUGUGAUGACAUGGAGUCUGAAAUAAACUGCUCUGAAUUAUGUGACAGUUUUCCUGGCCAGGAGCUGGAUCCGAGACCUAUUCAUGAUCUCUGCAAGACAACAAUUACCUCUUCCCAUCCCAGCGGUAAGACCAUUUCUUCAUUAUCUCCUGUCCUCUUGGGUAUUGUUUGGACUCUUCUCAGCUGUGGACUUCUUCUGAUAGUCUUCUUUCUUGGCUUCACAAUUCGCUGCAGGAAGAACAGGAUUGUGAAGAUGUCCAGUCCCAACCUGAACAUUGUGACCUUACUAGGCAGUUGUCUGACUUAUAGUAGCGCUUACCUCUUUGGGAUUCAAGAUCAAGAUGCUUCAGCGGGAGGCUCAAUGGAAACUCUCAUUCAGGUAAGACUGUCUAUGCUGUGCAUCGGGACCUCUCUCGUGUUUGGACCCAUUCUGGGGAAGAGCUGGCGACUCUACAAGGUGUUUACGCAGAGGGUCCCGGACAAGAGAGUGAUAAUCAAAGACCUGCAACUCCUAGGGUUGGUGGCAGUCCUGGUUAUAGCUGACGUGAUCCUGCUCACGACGUGGGUGCUUACUGAUCCCAUCCAGUGCCUCCAGAUUCUCAGUGUCAGUAUGACGGUGACAGGGAGAGACGUGUCCUGCUCACUGACCAGCACACACUUCUGUGCUUCCCGGUACUCCGAUAUCUGGAUUGCUCUUGUUGUGGGAUGCAAGGGCCUGCUGCUGCUCUAUGGUGCCUACCUGGCUGGCCUGACCGACCAUGUCAGCUCUCCUCCUGUGAAUCAAUCUUUAACCAUCAUGGUUGGGGUCAACCUCGUGGUGCUGGCUGCUGGGCUUCUUUUCGUGGUCACCAGAUACUUGCACUCCUGGCCCAACCUGGUCUUUGGCCUCACAUCUGGAGGAAUCUUUGUUUGCACAACCACAAUCAACUGCUUCAUCUUCAUUCCCCAGCUGAAGCAAUGGAAGGCAUUUGAAGAGGAAAACCAAACAAUCAGAUGCAUGGCCAAAUAUUUCAGCACUCCCAGCAAAAGCUGCCAUACCCAGUACGGUGAGGAACAGAAUUGCCACGCUAGAGGAGAGAAAAACACCAUGGAAAGGCUCCUCACGGAAAAAAAUGCUGUGAUUGAAAGCCUGCAGGAACAAGUAAACAACGCCAAAGAGAAGCUAGUGAGGCUGAUGUCAGCUGAGUGCGCCUGUGACCCCCCAGAGUGGGCUGUCCUGCCUGUCUCUUCCCACAGCAAAGACGGCCAGGCCGCAGCCCCUGGGCAUGGCCUGGCCGCUGAAAGGCAUUCAGAAUUCCUCUCUGACUCUCAGAAUGAUCCCAGUGCAGCUGCCCAGGACUCACAGAGUACCUCAGUGCCCUCCUCGAGUGCACAAAGCCUCGAGGGGUCUGGGAAGGGCACUGGCCCCUCCUCAGGGCAGGAGAUGUCUGACUUGAAAGACUUUCACGAGCACUUAAAUCUGGGCUGCAGCCAGAAGCCUCAGGCUGAGCAAAGCCACGGUGCAGAAAGAGGAGACCAGGUACCUACGACCCCCCACCAGAGUCUCAUACCAGGCGAGGAAGGCUGUGUUCCCCAGAGACAGGGGCAGCUGGAGAACUCAGGGGAGCCUCCAAAGCAGCGAUCAAGGGUCAACUCAGUGAUCAGAGAGAAGCUUCAGGAAGUCCUACAAGACCUGGGCCUGGGCCCUGAGGCUCCCCGCCCCUCUUCCCCGGCUUGUCCCCAGCAGCCCUGGAAGAGCAGUGCUGCCCACAGCCCCCAGAGGACGCCCCUUUCCAAGGAGCUGGGCUUCAGCCCAUACAUGGUGAGGAGAAGGCGGGCAGCUCAGCGGACUCGCUCACACUUUCCAGGCUCUGUCUCCUCCUAUGUGGGGCAUCGGGCAAAUAGGACUGUUUGGGAUGCACAGAGUGGGCUCAAUGUGCAGAACAGAGACAGCCUCUGCCUGGACCCCCAAACGGCUGACUCCAGGGUACCCUUUCCCAAGAAGCCUUCACUACUCCCAGAUCCCCAAGGCAAGCCAGGCACCCUGGAGGACAGCAAACGAUGGCAGACAGAGCCCCAGGGUGCCAGGAAGAGCCGUGCAGCUUUUCCUCACCAGCCUUCUGCUGCUGGGCAGACCCCGUGUCCCCCUGCCCCACGCCUCGCCACAGCCUCGCCAGAUCUGCCUGAGCAGCCACAGUGGCAGUUCCCACGAUCUGCAGGCUGUCCCUCCCUUUCUUCAUGCAACUACCUUGACACUGAGUCCAGCAGCUCAGACGAGUUCUUCUGCCGCUGUCACCGGCCCUACUGUGAAAUCUGCUUCCAGAGUUCCUCUGAUUCCAGUGACAGUGGCUCAUCGGACACUGACCCCGAGGAGGCUGGGGGGCUGGCUUCCUGGGAAAAGCUGUGGGCCCGUUCCAAGCCCAUCGUGAACUUCAAAGAUGACUUGAAACCCACGCUGGUGUGAAAAGCAGCAGAGGAAGUACGGCUGUAGCGGUCAGGCCAGGACCCGCCAUGCCAGCGCCAAGAGGAAGAAGACCAGUUCUGGCUUUCGGGGAACACCCCUGGCCUGCGUUUGAGCAGCUCAUGUGAGCACUGUGUUACCUUGAGCACUUCUUGAUCUAUAAAAAGAGGGGUGUUGCCUGUCUUGUUACUACCUCACAGCACUCCUGUAAAAGACUCCAGUUGAGUGAUCAUAAAAGAUAUUCCUUGGACAAAAGGUGCUCAAUGAGCACGGAGGAUUUUCUAUCCUGGUCAGCUUGUAUUCUGUAAAACUCUUACUACAUACCUGAUGGAUGGCUGGUGGACAGACAGAUGGAGAGAUGGAAGGAAAAUUUCUACAGAACCAGAGUUGAGGACUGUGACCCAUCAAACUUGCCUUUUGGUGGCAGAUCUGCUAUAAAGACAAGUUUCCUAUAUCCUUGAGUGUCCCACUCUUGGCAGGGGGUGGUUUUGUUUCUGCUGAAGGCUGUAAACAGCACCAAACUUGGGUUCCAGCUUCCAGCCAGACUCAGCUCAGAGCCACCUUCUUCAGCAGUAUUUGGGGUUCAUGUUUUUCUACUAUGAUGGUAUCUCACCAUCAUCCCUGACACAGCCAGGUCUCCACGUGGCCGCAGGCUACCCAGACCUCUCUCCUGGGCGUGAGUGGCACCUGAGGCCAGACUGUUUACUGAUCCUGUAGUCCACCCUUGGACUCUGCCAGCGGUGCAGUUUGGCACUCAAGGGAAGUACACACUGGCCGUCUCUGUUGGCGUAGGGGUGGCCCUGUUGGUCAAGAGGUGCUUUUUGUGUCACUGUAGUUACAUGACCACCAAAGGAUACAUAAACCUGGAAACAGAAAAUGGGGAAGUAGAAAGGAAGAAAUCGGGGAGAAGGUAGGAAAGAAAACAGGUUUUGAACCUGGUACUUGGCAGUAUCAAAUGUCAGUAAUUCCUUAUGGUAACCCUGUGAAGUAGACAGUGUCACUUCCACUUUUACAGAUGAGAACAUGAGGACUAUGGGGACUAUGAGCCUUUGAGAACUUGGGUAACUUCCCCAACAUCACACUGCUGGAGAGUGGCUGAUGGGGGCUUUGCCUGCCACUCAUGGGACUCCCAGGUGGUAGAUUUUCCUGCGGACACAUGUCUUCACUCAUUCUUCUGAGAGUGGCAAGCAGGGCUUCGCAGGGCAGACAAUAAACCAAGGGCAAUGUAAGAAAGCUGACACGUGCUCGCCCUGGAGUCCAGGACACCUUCCCCAGGAUAACAAAACUGGGUUCCUUGCCCUGGGAUGCAGCCCUCACUGCCUCAGGGGCCCACCUGCAGCUCCCAAGUGAGCCAGGGAGCUGGUGAAGGGUGAGUGCCAGGAACUCACCUGCUGCCAGAGCCACAGGGAAAGCACAGCUGCGUUCACUCUUGCUUAUUGCUGAGCUGCUGGUUUGGAGGCCACCCCUGCCCCCACUCCUGUGUAUGCACCUGUGUGGGUACAUGUUCACGUGAAGGAGUUUGAGCCUCAUUAGAUAUGCCUCGGGGGGUGGAAUUGGCUCUAAAUGUCUCACAGAAGAUUUAUCACGGACUCUUGGGGGCUGCCACCACCUUGUGAAUCUCCAGACACUGGACCAGAAGGCCCUCCUGGUAGCACAGCUUCUUCCAUCGUCUCCUUUUACUUACAAAUGUCAUAAUUUAUUCUGCGUGUGGGUUUGUAGUUUCUGCUUGUGCUGUUUGUUUGCUGUCCAAGCGACACCUUAAUAAAAGAGA